AUGGACGCGUGCGGUACGUGCGUUGGCUCGAAAGAGGAACAACUCUACAUGGUGGAGCUGCUCGUUGACAAGUUGAGCCUCAGCCCGGACAAGGUACGGGAAGCUGGUACCGCACCUUUGUCCGUACAUCUCAAGUUCGUCGACUUUCCAGCAUUCGAGAUCAGCCAGGCGGAAUUCGUCACGGCCAAGAAGCAGAGAGACAAGGAUGCAGCGUCGAAGCCGGACGCAAAGCCGGGGGCGGAGGGGCUGGUAGACUUUAGCGCUGGAAAGUCCUGUCUCUUCACAAAACAACCGCGAGACUUGAUGCGGGCGAUGCAAUCGCAGCCUCUGAAGGUCGGGGUUUACAAAAUCCGAGAAAAACUACCGUGCGAGCCUCUGAAAGACGACAAACCGAUUUGCGAAACGCAGGUACCACUCUCCGGGUGUCUCUGCGACCAAGUGGCGAUGGCCAUGAACGAUGCGGAGCAUCUACCCAAGCCCUACACCCUCAAGAACACCUACAACCUGAUCGACGACCAGAGCAAACCCUCGGGUACCAUUGCGAUAUUCCUCAGACUCUCCUGCCUCGGGAAGUCGAUCGUGACUCAUUUCGCCUUCCAGGAGCGAUCUUUCCUUUUCAAAAGUCCGCAGUCCACUGACGAGUUCCAGUGCACCAGGGUGCCACCCGACGCGGAGGAACUCUCCCGAAGGGCGAACCAGGUCAAGGACAAAAUCUGCGUCCCCCCGGGCGGCCCGGAACCAGAAGAAGACCCUCUACCAAGACCUCGAGACGUCGUUGGGCUGGCCCCGAUCUGUCAGGAGCUUGCGAGGAGGGACGGCGGCCCGGCGAACCUCGACCCGCCCAUAAGUGCGCCCUCGACGGCACCGAGGGUCGGCAUGAACCGUCCGAGCUUCCAGAAUCUAACCAGCGCCGAGAAGCUGAACGAUCGGGAUUACAGGGGGCUGGUGUACCGCGCCUACCCGAACCAGCCGACAUGCGCUUGUGCCCCGGGGGGAAACUUCCUGAAAGGGAUAACCGGGGACGUCCCGUGCACGGGAGCGGCCUGCGGGGGCGGCUGCUGCGUCGGCACGAGGCGUUUCGACCCUCCGGCAAAUGACCAUCACGGUGGCAGUAAAGACAUGCCGUGUUACACGGGAAAUUGCUGUUCCGGAUCGCCCUGGAUUCCCGGAGGCGGCUCGCGGCUUCGGGGCGGCGGCUGCUGCGACGGAAAUUAUUCCAAGAGUGGCCAACACCCAGGUAGCAGCGUUACGCAAAUAAUGACAACGGCGAAUCGUUGGUCGACCGGUAACACUGGCAUCGCAGCUCAGCCGGUUGAGGCCCUGUUGACAGGGGCGUGCAGCGUUCCUCAGACCGGAGAAAACGCGAAAAAAUCGUCGGGCUGCGGUUGCCAAGGGAAAAGCGGUGGCGGUGAAAUGCCGAUGAGACCAGCAAUCGGCAAAGACGGCGGUUCCUGCACGAAAAGACCCUGCCUUGGCAUCGAUUGUCUGCUGCGGGCGUUCAAGGAGACGCAAGAGUUCGUCGACUCGAUUGGAAAAGUGCCGGGACUGGCGGGCCUCGGGCUUCCGGAUCCCUCAGAGAGCCCGUAUUUUGGUCGGGACCGCGACACGAGCUGCGCGCCGAAGAAGCCACUGGGGUCCAGGGCGUCCCCGUACACGAGCGCAGCGAGUGUUAAUUCACCGGCGAAAAACCAACCCGUGGGGAUUAAAGCGACCGCCGGAUUUCCCAGCCCUUACACGGUUGCGAUGGCCGGCCGAACCGGCGUCGUCCGCGAGGCGGUACCUUCGUUUCCGGAAACAGGCGCGUUCGGCUCGACACGUGCCAAGAAAAAAGACGAGAAGUCCGACAAACAGUCGGAACUGCUACCCCUGCCCCCGCUGGAGAUCGAAUUGGGCCCCUGCGGAGAGCCGAGGUGUAGAUCGCGCAGGAAGAGGCCUCAGGAGGAGGCGCAGGGCCACGAGGGUCAGGGCGGGGCCCCCUUGUCGAAGAAGUUUCCGGCGCAGGUGAGGCCCACCAGCGGGGGAGGCUCGUCCAAGACAAACGGUGGCACCGGGGGCGGUGCGAGGCCCGUCAGCAGGGGCAAACAGCCGAAAGGGCCGCACGCGGUUCCGGGCCCCGGUGGAGACCGGGCUCACUCGGGAGCCAAGUCCUACGUCAAGGUGAGCAGACGGGUGAUGAAAUUCGUCUACACGGCCGGUGCCUCCUACCCGGGGAUUAACUACGGGCACAAGAACUGCCUCGACGCUAGGAUGCGGGUGCCGGCGAAUAUGGGGUGGCUGUGGAACACGAACGAGGUUGUGGGUAGACUGAAACCACGGCUUGGGUGGAAACCCGGGGCGAUAUCAAAGAACAUGAACGAACUGCUACGGCAAGCGAAAAUGGCGGGCAACGCGGAUAGCAGACCCGGAAGCUCUUCGUCGAAGAGCAAGAAGGGAAAGGCGCUGAAGAACAAGAGCAGGAGCUCGCCGUCGAUCCACAAAGGCCAGGGGACGGGGAAGAAGAAGGACGAGGAGGAGGAGGUCGAGCUGCCACCCACUCUGCAUAUUCACCGAAAGGACGGCACAUACUACGUGACUAUGUAUCCGAUAAAACAGGAGACCAUGGAGGUCCCGCAGCUCCAGGAACCGAUGAAACCCCUACAGUUUAAAAUAACGAAGAAUAAGGAUGACGCCUCGGUCGCCUCCAGCUCGACCGCGUCUGACAUGGAAAUUGAAUUCUCUCCACCGGCUGCGGUCAAUCGCUACCGUAAAAAACCCAAUGUGAUACACGUAGACACGCAGGUCAAGCAACAGGAAAUACUAGACGCGUUUAAGCCCCCGGGCAGCAAAAAGGGCAAAAGGGAUGGGAAAGGAACGGGCAAGAAAGGAAAGAAGAAAUAA